AUGUCCUUGCGCAAGCGCUCCUCCAGCGACGAUGAAGGCAAGGCACCAAGAAAACGGCCAAAUAUUUUGCUCACAAGCUCGGAUAACGUUGUCGAAGAGAAAAAUGGUAGUGAUAAUAGGAAAUUGGAUCGCUCUGAGUCUCCUCUUCUUGCUCCUCUGCUCACUGAGUUGCACCAAAUAUUUGUUCCAGGAGCUCUCCCGCCUAGGUUAACAGCUUUUGCGAGUGUUGAUCUAUCUAUCUUGGCGGAGGUGCUCAGACCAUGCUCAGGGUGCACCACUCUCACCAAUUGCAACGCAGGGACGGGUACCUGCCACGACUGCUACACCAAGAAGGAAGUUUGUUCAGUGCCUACAUUCCUACGGUACUGGAUCUAUUCCGAUCGCACUGGACUUACGUUGGAGCAAACUUUGUUCAUGAUUACGAACUAUGGCGACCACAAAACGAAGAAAAGCUUCUGCCUCGACAAUACCGUGUUUAGCAACCAUCUCCGUCAAGUCGUCGAGAAAAGCCUUUUACCCCCGCCCCUCAAUACCGGUACUUCCGUUUUGGGCGAUUCUCCGACGGAUUUGGAAAACCGGGUGAAAGCUCUCAACCUUCGCCGCUCCCCUGUAGUACGAACCGUGCACGCACUCGAAAAUCAUCGACCGCGUGAACUCCUCUCGAGGGACUUGUUAACGCAUUCUCAACCAAGUUCUUCCAUGGCGCAGUCUCACUGGUUAUACUCCAGGAGUCAUACCGAGCUCAUUUCUCCUAUUCAUGAAACACCAGUUCGAGUUAUUCAGGCCGCCGGUCACAGACAUUUUCAGUUCGUGACUUCCACUUCAUCGUCACCUUCGGAGAAUCCAUCUUCUACUCAGUGUACCCUUUGUUCCCAUUCUGAUGCUAGAUUUUCGGGGCCUCCCUAUCUAUAUUACACCUCUAUUACCGGUCUAUCUAUAUUACACCUCUAUUACCGGUCUAGUUCCUUUGCACCCAUACUGGCCUACGUAAACACUCUACACAGUGAGCUCACCACCACUGUUGCCCACAGUGACCUCCACACUGUGCUCAAUGCUGCUGCUCAUUGCCAUACACAUGACCUCAAUGCUGUCCACAACAAGCUCUAUGCUGUCCUACACAGUGAGCUCAGCACUGUAUACAAUGAGCUGGUCAUUGUCUUGGACAGUGAGCUAGUCAUUGUCCUCCACAGUGAGCUCAACACUGUAUGCAAUGAGCUGGUCAUCAUCUCCCACAGUGAACUCAACAUUGUCAGACACAGUGAGCUUGUUGUUGCUGUUGUAGACAGUGAGCUCGUCGUCAUCGUCGUAGACAGUGAGCUCGACGUCGUCAUAGACAGUGAGCUCAAUACUGUCCACUGUCAGCCCAGAUGUCCAUUUUACGUAUAG